UCAAUUGUUUAUUCAGUUACUCUCUUUGCAGCUAAAGUGAACAUCGUUACUGAUCAAAAUGUGUUCAAAAAGUUUAAACGGGGUUUUUCUAGCCAAGAAAAUAUUUAAUUCGAAAUAUAUAACGCUAACCGCAUUUAAUUUCCGUCCAUACAGUGCUAGUGCUAAACAACCAUUGCAAACUCCAUUAUAUGACUUACAUCAAAAAUAUGGUGGAAAAUUAGUUGAUUUUGCUGGAUUUUUGUUGCCAGUACAGUAUUCAGACCUGAGUGUAUCAGCUUCACAUUUAUUUACUAGAAAAAGUGCAUCUAUUUUUGACGUAUCACACAUGCUUCAAACAAAUGUUCGUGGUAAAGACUGUAUAGCGUGGUUUGAAUCCAUAUGUCCUGUUGAUUUGAAGGGUAUGGCAGAUGGGUCUAGUUCGCUAACAGUAUUUUUGAAUGAUAAAGGAGGAAUUAUUGAUGAUUUGAUCGUUACUAAAAUAAAUAACGAAUCUUUAUACAUAGUUUCUAAUGCCGGGCGUUUGGAAGUUGACAAGCAGCAUAUGAGAGAAACUUCGGAAUCGUUCAAACAACAGGGCAAGGAUGUGAAUAUAAAUUUUUGGGACGUAAGUCAAAGAGCUCUAAUCGCUGUACAAGGACCAAAGUCCAUUUUUGCAUUGCAAUCACUUACUGAUAUUCCACUAAAAGACCUGACAUUUAUGACUUCUCGUAUAGGCUCUGUUGCUGGGGUCGAAUGCAGAGUUACUAGAUGUGGUUACACGGGCGAAGAUGGCGUAGAGAUUUCUAUACCAGCUGAUAAAGCGUUCACUGUUACUGAAGCUUUGCUACAAUCUGAAGACGUUAAACUUGCAGGAUUAGGGGCGAGAGAUUCACUUCGUUUAGAGGCAGGUUUAUGCUUAUAUGGAAAUGAUAUUGAUGAAAGCGUAACUCCAGUAGAAGCCAAUUUGACUUGGCUGAUUCCAAAACCUAGAAGAAAAGAAGCCAAUUUUCCAGGAGCAGACAUCAUAUUACGUCAAAUAAAAGACGGUGUCAGUAAGAGAAGAGUUGGCAUUAGAAUGGAAACUGGUGCACCAGCAAGAAAAGACGCAAUACUAAAAAACGCGGAAAGUCUAGAGGUGGUUGGUAAAGUGACAAGUGGAUGUCCUAGUCCGUACCUCGGCGGCAAUGUUGCUAUGGGUUAUGUUAGUGAAACAUUUAAAAAGAUUGGCACUAAAUUACUGGUUAAUAUAAGAGGGAAAGAUGUUCCGUGUGUUGUGGCCAAAAUGCCGUUUGUUCCAUCUAAUUAUUAUACAAAAAAAUAAAAGUAAUUUUCUAUAAA